ACAGGGCUCCACGCUGCAGAGCUGCACUCUCUAUCCUCUCUGAGCAUUCCUGCUUCAGACAGAAGAAGAAGCAGAAGCAGCAGGACAAACUACUGGAAGAAGAUAAGGAGUCUCCGGUGCAUGGGAGCAGAAACAUGGAGAGGUCAGACGCGAAGGGGAAGUGCAGGAGGAAGAGGAGGAGGAGGUGCAAGGGCAAAGAACGAAGCGACACGUUAUCCAACCUCAUCCGUCCCGUAGGACACUGGGAUACUGGAGCAUCAUCGGCUGAAGAAGCGGAUAAUUCCAGUACGAGCAGUUUGGAGGUGAAAGAGAACGAGGACGAUAAAAGCCACAUGGACUGCGACCAAUUACGGAAAUAUCAUCCAGCAGCUUUUUGCACAACUUUCACAACCAGAUCCCUCAAGAGGAAGCAGUCGCUGCUCCACCAAAGCCACUUGACUUGUAAGAGGCCAGCCUGGGCUGUCACUCAGAAAAACGCUCUUGUGCACCUGAACGAGUUACAACCUGGUCUGCGGUAUGAAAUCAUGUCGAAGACCGGCCCACUGCAUGCUCCAGUGUUUUCUGUUGGUGUGAAGGUGAACGGUUUCCAUUUUGAGGGCCGAGGACCAACAAAAAAGCAGGCAAAGAUGAGGGUUGCAGAACUGGCUCUUCGGUCUUUUAUCCAGUUUGAAAACGCCUCGCAGGCUCACGCCUCCAUGGGGAACUUGACCGGCACUCCUGUGGAUUUUACAGCUGAUAAACUGGACAUCCAUGAUGCAUUCCUGACAGAGUUGGAGCCAUCUUUGAGGGAAAACUGUCAACCCCUUCAGUGCAACACAGCAAAAAAGGAGGUUUUCUCCAGCAUUUACAACCACAGACGAGUUGUCCGACUCAAACUGGACUUCUCCAAUCCCAAAAGACAAGCCAUAAGCACUUCACUUUUAGAGCACCUGAGCCCGGUGGCGUUGCUCAACGAGCUGCGACCAGGACUCAGGUACAUGUGCCUGACGGAGAGAGUUCACGGCAGGCCGAUGAGGAGUUUUGUCAUAGUGGUCAGGGUGGAGGGGAGGGUGUUUGAAGGGUGUGGUCACAGCAAACGGAUAGCCAAAGCCCAGGCAGCAGCAGCCGCCCUGCAGUCCAUUUAUAACAUAAGUCUGGGACCGGAGAGGAGAGUGAUGGGAAUCCAGGGCAGCAGAGCCAAACAUCAGCUACCUCAGUUCUUUGCAGAGUCCAUCUUCCACCUGCUGAGUCAGAAAUACUCCGAGCUGACAGACGGUCGUUCCUCCUCGUACGCCAAACACAAAGUGCUGGCCGGAGUCGUGAUGAGCAGAGGGUCAGCGCAGGUUGUGUCUCUGGCCUCAGGGACUAAGUGUCUGGAUCUGGACAACGACAGUGACCACAGUGAUACGCUCAGUGACUGCCACGCAGAAGUCAUCAGCCGGAGGGCGCUGGUUCGAUUCCUGUAUGCUCAGCUGGAGCUGCUGCUCUGUAAACCAGCAGACUGUGAGGAACAAUCAAUCUUCGUACCAAAUAAAGUUGGUGGAGGCUUCCGGCUGCAGGACGGCGUCCUCUUCCACAUGUACGCCAGCUCGUCGCCGUGCGGAGACGCCCGACUCAACUGCCCCUACGAGACCACGGCUGCAUAUCCCAGCAGGAGGUUUCACUGCCACCUCAGGGUAAAGGUGGAUGGUGGAGAAGGGACGCUGCCAAUCACAACAAGAAGAGCCAAUCAGAACAACAUGGCGGCGUUUAAAUCAGCCGUCACAAUGUCCUGCACGGACAAGAUGGCAAAGUGGAGUGUUGUUGGCCUCCAGGGAGCGCUCCUGUCUCACCUGGUGGAGCCGGUGUACCUGCACAGCCUGACGGUGGGAACGCUCAGCCACACGGGUCACCUGAGCCGGGCCUUUGCACGUCGCCUUGCUCCUGUCAAGCACUUACCUCUCCCUUACCGACGACAGCAGCUGAUGCUCGGCUGUCUGAGCAGCAGCGAUGUUCGACCGUCGGGGAAGGCGCCGAACAUCAGCGUUAAUUGGAGUUGCCGUGAUGAAGGCCUGGAGGAGAUCAACACCUCCACGGGACGGAGGAAAGGCUCAGGGAUGCCGUCGCGGCUCUGCAGGCGAAACAUGUUCGAACGCUGGCAGAGGCUGCAGCAACAGUUGAAUGAUGAAGAAGCCACUCCAGGGACAUAUCCUGGUUGCAAGUUGACUGCCGGACAUUACCAACGGGCCAUGCAGCAGUUCACCAGCGCUCUGCAGGGUGGAGGGCUGGGAACUUGGCUCAGAAAAACUCCAGAACCGGGUCACUUCGAUGUUGGUGUGUGAGGAACUGUGUGAAAGGACUGAAUAUGGACGGAGAAGUACAUGUAUAAUUUUCUUUGAGACUGCGUGGAUGAGGUACAAAAUAAUGUGAACUAGGUAGAGCAGCACGUUGGUAAUAUCACGUCUAUUUAUUUUAUAUAAGAAAUGUAUAUCUUGAUGGAGAGACAAGUAAUGAUUCACAUUAGUCCUAAACUGGAGUAGACCUUCCAGUGUCUAAGGUAGCCUAAAAGCUGCUAACUAUAGCUCCAGGAACUACUGCUAGCUUGCCUGGUCUUAAUAGAGUCUUAACAACCACGUUGAAGAUAUUUAUGGAUGCUACAGAAGUAUAAAGUGAGUGUUUGAGUAAAACUUGACCUAAGAAGGCUAGAGUUGAGUGUUCACCAAUAAUAGGAUGUUAUACAAAUAAAAACACAUCAUAGAGACUGUAAUAUUAAUAACACUUUUGUGAUACUGAUAACUUCUUUAAGGUACGAUACCUCCCACCUACAGUGCGUAUAAACAGACUGGUGGAAAAUAUUGAUUAAGCUAAUUAAAUUUGGAGCUGUUAAUUUUAACAGUUUUAUUUAUUGACAAACUCCUAUUUUUAGCAUCAUUUUGAAAAAGCUAAUCAAGGCUUAAUCAAAUAUAUGUGGAGUGAAAAGAAAGCUAACAAAUAAUCCUGCAGUAAUUCAACAUGCUAUUUGUUUUACAUCCACUUUUAUUUUUGCAAACAUUGCAUGGUGUCCUCACUUAACAAGUCUAAACAAGUGCGGUGGUGGCAAAGUCCAUAGGGGCUUGGCCUGGGAACUGGAAGGUCACCAGUUCAAGUCCCCGAAAGACCAAGUGCCACCGUGGUGUCCCUGAGCAAGACACUGGUUACCUACACUGCUCCCCGGGCGCCGUAUAUAAUGGCAGCCCACUGCUCCCAACACUAGGAUGGGUCAAAUGCAGAGACCACAUUUCGUUGUCCUAGUACUUGUACUCUGUGCAAUGACAAUAAAGUUGAAUCUAAACCCAAUGUUUGGUCCCCUCAAACACCAUAGUAAAGAACAAUGCACACACAUGUUUUUGUCCGUUAGGAUGACAUUGCAUUUAUUUAUAUUAAUGCCUACGUGACUUAACCUAACUUUAACCAUGAAAACUACAUUCCCAACUCCGAUCCAUCCUCUUACAUGUACCACACAACCUUAGAAAGUCCUCCUAAUCAUUUACCUUGUGGGGACCAGAUUUUUGACCCCAAAUUAGAGGGAGUCCCGACAAUGAAAGUGUGUGAGCAGAUUUAUCUUUGCCACAAUGUGAGUGAUACAAAAUUCCUGAUGACUGCCAAGCAAAAUCAGUUUCAUUAGUAACAACAGCUUCUGGUCUCUUUCAGUGCUACAGUAAAAGUCACAUCUUAAUUGUAUCCUUCCAUUUGUUUGAUUUGUUUUGUGUGUUCUGCUGUUUCAGAUAUAUUUAUUUAGAUGUAACUGUAUGUCUCACUUGUUCUGCUAUGUUUGAGUUUCUCACCCUUAAUACAUUAUACUUACAUUUGGAACAGUGUUUUAGAGAGUCAGUGUAUCUGAGGCCCAGGAGUGAAGACAUGUCGCCCCCUACAGGGAGAGUGUGUGCAUUACACAUCCAUGUUGAAAUCCAAGAGUUUGGUUGUUCUCCUUUAUUCUGUGUUCUCCACAUUUAUCCUUUUAUCUCUGUGUGCCAUUUAUUUAUCUUCCCAAAAUGUUGUUAUUGUGUAGUCUCUUGUUGUUCAUUUGCAGUAAAGUUUCAGAGCAGAGGAAAGUAACAGAUGUACUGGAAGCCACGUUGUUGAAUGCUAUGUACACUUUAAUGGUUAAGUAUGCAGAAUGAUUAUGGUCUGUUUAUUGGUCACGACUGUUUUUAUCAAUAGGAAUAAAUUAACCUAUUUGUUCUUGUUUGCGUCCGAACUCAAAGUCACUGCAAGGUGUUUUAAACUAAAAAACAGACUUUAUAUACUUGCUAAGAUGAGUGACACUAUUCAUUUCAUUUACCGCUUCUUUCUUUUGAUUUGCACAAACUGCAAACACUUAUACAACUCUAGUAGAUGUCCGAGUCCGAGGAAAAUUGCACCGAUGAAAUUGUUUAAAUUAUUAAGAAAUGACAAGUUUUAACAAUAAGUGGACUUUUGAAUAUUUCUGAAAUGUAUUUGUUUGUAUUUGUAUAAAAUGAGUUCCUAAUUAUAUUACAUAUGAAGUAUUUCUUUUCAAUUUCAAAUACAGAUUUUAGGGGCUGAAGUCAUUUCACUUUAAUAAGGGCCAGAAACAAGGAGUGCAUUCAACAAUAACACGUUUUUAAAGUUGAAAUGAGGAUUUGUUUAGCAAACAGUUCCUUAUUGACACCUCCAUCCUUUGCAGAGCAACGUUUUCAUUCAUUUGCAAAGACGAUAUUAAAACAGCCCAUGUAAAAAAACGUUCAAACAGCACAAGUUGUUUAUUUUCAUUUCACAAGCAGCUGUUUAUUCCUUAUUAUUACACAGCUUGAAACCACACAACUGCUGUCAAGUCGAUCCAACAGGGCUUUUGAUUUUCUUCUGAGAACUACAUCGUGUUUUCUUUUGCCACUUUGAUCACACAAAACACUGUUAACACGUUGCCACAGUUCAACGAGGCUUCACGACGGUGGCGGUGACCUGGUUUGAUGUUAUUGAGAGUGUGAACAGUGUCACUGAACAAUAUUUCGGACGUGGCAGGCAGCAAAAUGGCUCAGUGUUGGUAAAAAAACAGUUGAGAGCAGUGAAAGUAUUGGAUAAACUAGAGGUUGAACAUUCACAAUCCACAGCUUCUAUCCUUCACACAAACAGAUGGUUUCUCGUUUAAACCAGGGAUGACUCCGUUUGCAGAAUUGAUUUUGGGGAAAAGGACAUCAUGGAUCUGCAUUGUUGUGCUUUGGUUUUUAAUUUGAU